CCUUUCUCAAACCCCAUCACCUUUCCCAAAUCCCUUCCACCUUUCCCAAACCCUUCACCCUUCCCAGAAUCUUCCCCUUUCCCAAACCCCUCCACCCUUCCCAAACCCCUUCACCCUUCCCAAAAUCUUCAUCCUUCCCCAAAAUCUUUACCCUUCCCAAACCCUUCACCUUUCCCAGAAUCUUCCCCUUUCUCAAACCCUUUCACCCUUCCCAAAUCCCUUCACCUUUCCCAAACCCCUUCACCCUUUCCCAAAAUCUUCCCCUUUCCCAAACCCCAUCACCUUUCCCAAAUCCCUUCCACCUUUCCCAAACCCUUCACUCUUCCCCAAAAUCUUCACCUUUCCCAAACCCCCUCACCCUUUCCCAAAAUCUUCCCCUUUCCCAAAUCCCUUCCACCUUUCCCAAAUCCCUUCACCCUUCCCCAAAAUCUUCCCCUUUCCCAAACCCCCUCACCCUUUCCCAAAAUCUUCCCCUUUCCCAAACCUUCCCCCCCAGACUCUUGUCUAGAAAAAAGCCCCCCUUGAAUUCCAGUGAAAGAAAGAGGACCCUCAUUAGUGUCAAACCCUUAACGAGCCUUUGCUCCUGAGGAUGCUGAGCAAACCCAAAUUGCUGAACAGAGAUUAUUUAAAAAAUGCCACUCAGAGCUGAGGAUAUCUCACUUGUUGGCUGAUGUUCCCCUGUGUGCCCACAAAUUCUCUUCACUUGGGGGUUUUAGGAGGUUUCAGCUCCAGGAUGGAUCAGAUGAGGCUUUUGUGGCUCAGGAGCCAGGGAAUUCCAGCCCAGAGCAGCCCGAGCACCCCAUGAGAACAAAACAGAUGAAAAGGGAGAGGAGGUAAAACUGGAGGUGAGGUUCUGCCCUUUGCCAGGGUCUUUGGGAUGGAAUUUUAGGUGAGCUAAAGCUGAUUAUUUGUCUGUUUGCUGGAAUUGAUAUCCUGGUGUGCUGAGGAAAAUUCAGAUUAAACCCCACUGUUCUGCUGGCUGUGAAAGGAAAAAAAUAAUUCCCUUUUUGCAACAGCAUGAAGGAGUGUCUGUAGUAGGCAGAAAAGAACACAAAGCUGCCAAGUUUAUAUAUUUUUCCUAAUUGUUGUUAAUGAGCUUUUAGCUUGCAAGAUGAUAAUGAGGAGCACGUGAGCUGUUACACCUCCAGCUGGUGACAAAUCAGCUGAAAUCCCUCAGAAAACAGCAAAUUGUUGGGACCCACCUUGGGAUUUUGGAAAGAACACUGGCUAGGGCUUUGAAGCUGCCUGGCAAUGAGGACUUCCCAGUAAUUAAAUUCUCCAGGACAGUGGGAGGAUGAUGGGGCUGCUGCGCGCCCGGGACGCGGCGGGGCCGAGGAGAGGAUGUGUGAGCUGCACCCUGUCGGAGCAGCGACUCCUCCUGUGAGACAUGGAUAGAUGCAAACAUGUGGGGCGGCUACGACUCGCCCAGGACCACUCGAUCCUGAACCCCCAGAAGUGGCAGUGCGUGGACUGCCACACCACCGAGUCCCUCUGGGCCUGCCUCAAGUGCUCCCACGUGGCCUGCGGGCGCUACAUCGAGGAGCACGCCCUGAGGCACUUCCAGGAGACCCGGCACCCCUUGGCCAUGGAAGUGCACGAGCUCUACGUCUUCUGUUACCUCUGCCAGGAUUAUGUCCUCAAUGACAACCCCGAGGGUGACCUGAAGCUGCUGAGGAGCUCCCUGUCGGCCAUCAAGGGGCAGAGGAGCGGGAGGACGCUGCGCUCCAUGGCGCUGGCCGAGGACGCCUGGAGGAGGAGGAGCCCCCAGGGCCAGUCCCAGAUGCUCACGGCGCUGUGGCACCGGCGCCAGGCCCUGCUGGCGAGGGCUCUGCGCACCUGGUUCCACAAGAGCUCCCGGGGACAGCUGAAACUGAAGGAGAAAAAACAGAUGGAGGAGCUGGAGAAGAAGAAGGAGGCGGCUCGGCAGCGGCGGCAGGAGAUGAAGAGGCAGCUCCUGGAGGAGCUGGCCAGCACUCCCCCCAGGAAGAGCGCCAGGCUGCUGUCCCACGUGCACAGGGAGAGCUUGAUCCCAAGGAAAUUCAGGGAGGUGGCCGCAGCUUCCCCUACCUCAAGGCAGGUGCAGAGCAGCAGAUUGAAGCAGUUCUACUCCAUCCGGCGGCAGCCCCUGAUGACGCCCGGGGUGACGGGGCUGAGGAACCUGGGCAACACUUGUUACAUGAACUCCAUCCUGCAGGUGCUCAGCCACCUCCAGAAGUUCCGAGAAUGUUUCUUGACUCUUGAUCUCUGUGAAACAGAAGAACUUUUAGCUAAAACUGUGAACGGGAGGGCCAGGAUGCCUGGCAAGCUGGCGAAUGGGGCCGCUGCUAACGAGCCGGGGAAGCCUGACAAGGUUCAGAGCUCUCCGGCCGGCUUGAACGGGGGCUCCUCCAUCAGCCGCAGCUUGGAGCUGAUCCAGCCCAAGGAGCCCAGCUCCAAGCACAUCUCCCUGUGCCACGAGCUGCACACCCUGUUCAGGGUGAUGUGGUCUGGCAAGUGGGCCCUGGUGUCCCCGUUUGCCAUGCUGCACUCCGUGUGGAGCCUGAUCCCGGCCUUCCGCGGCUACGACCAGCAGGACGCGCAGGAGUUCCUGUGCGAGCUCCUGGACAAGGUGCAGCAGGAGCUCGAGUCCGAGGGCAGCAGGCGCAGGAUCCUCAUCCCCUUCUCGCAGAGGAAGCUCACCAAGCAGGUCCUCAAGGUGGUCAACACCAUUUUCCACGGGCAGUUGCUCAGCCAGGUCACCUGCAGGACGUGCAACUACAAAUCCAACACGGUGGAGCCCUUCUGGGACCUUUCCCUGGAGUUCCCAGAGCGGUACCACGCCCUGGAGAAGGGCAUCCUGCCCGUGCCCCAGGCUGAGUGCCUGCUCACUGAGAUGUUGGCCAAAUUCACCGAGACAGAAGCCCUGGAGGGGAGGAUCUACGCCUGUGACCAGUGCAACAGCAAACGGCGAAAAUCUUCUCCCAAACCUCUUGUUCUGAGUGAAGCUAAAAAGCAGUUGCUGAUCUACAGACUACCUCAGGUCCUCCGGCUGCACCUUAAACGCUUCAGGUGGUCUGAGCGCAAUCACCGCGAGAAGAUCGGGGUCCAUGUCCUCUUUGAGCAGGUAUUAAACAUGGAACCUUACUGCUGCAGGGACUCUCUGCCCUCCCUUGCCACAGAGACCUGUGUCUAUGACCUCUCAGCUGUGGUGAUGCAUCACGGGAAGGGGUUUGGCUCAGGACACUACACAGCCUAUUGCUACAACACGGAGGGAGGUUUUUGGGUGCACUGCAAUGACUCCAAACUGAAUGUAUGUAGCGUGGAGGAGGUGUGCAAGACCCAGGCCUACAUCCUCUUCUACACUCAGAGAACGCUGCAGGACAAAGCAGGAAUCCCAGAAAAACAACUCCAAACUCAGGUGUUUGCCACCCAAAACCAGUGACAAGGACACAAAAGUGACAUUCCCACCAGGGGAAACACUCCCAGCUGCUUUUGGGAACUUCUGGGGUUCAUCUUCCCCUGAUUUGGGGGGAAACUGCAGGAAUGGGAUCGGGGCAGGGAUAAGAGCGGGAAUGGGAUUGGGGCAGGGCAGGGAUGGGAUUGGGGCAGGGAUGGGAUCAGGGAUCAGGGCAGGGAUGGGAUCAGGGAUCAGGGCAGGAGUGGGAUCAGGGAUCAGGGCAGGGAUGGGAUCAGGGAUCAGGGCAGGAAUGGGAUCAGGGAUCAGGGCAGUGAUGGGAUCAGGGAUCAGGGCAGGGAUGGGAUCAGGGAUCAGGGCAGGGAUGG